AUGAUGCUUGCUACAUUCUUGCUCGUCUCUUUGGCUGCGAUGUCUGCCAUUGCUGAGCAACCUUACAUUAGAUACAACUCGGGAUGUCAAUUACUGCUAAACAACACACGGAUUUAUUGCUAUUCAGGCGGUUAUGCCAAAGUAGUGAAUCAAGAAAUCACACCCUUGGCAGAUCAUUACUAUCUGGAUGUAUCCAAAGACUUGACUGUAGCCAGCAGCCUCACAUCCUGGACAAAAGUCGUCGAUCCUCCUAAUUUUAUCACCGAAGCAACAUCGGCGUACGUCAGUGUCAAGCUAUCAGAUACAGCUGUGCUGAUCAAUGGCGGCACUGGUGUCAACAACAACUAUAACUACAUGAAAAAUCAAACAGUGAUCUACCAUGCGGAUACAAACCAGUGGGAAACAAUCUCAAAUACUUCGUCCAUACCACAAAAUUACUAUGGGUCAGGUGCACUCGGUGUUGAUAAUACAGUUGUGUUUUGGGGAGGCGCAGCUAUCAUUGGAAACCUACUGCCUACAUUCAAUGGCACCGCAAAGCUCUCUAUUACUGCACAGACUGCCAAAUGGAGCCUUCAAGCAGCAUCAGUAGCACCAGGCAACCCGCGAUAUGGACAUACGGCAACAACAGAUCAAUCCGGUAAAUUGAUCUACUAUUUUGGAGGUCGUGAUAUUGUACGAGACCCCGCUACAGGUGUAUAUACUCGUCCUUAUUCAACAUUUACAAACGUAUUGAUCUACCACACGGAUACAUCGAUUUGGGAACAAAAGACGGCAACCUCCAGUAGCCCGCCCUCCAAUCGUAUGUCUCACACCGCAACGCUAAUUCCCAGCACUGGCAACUUCAUUAUUUAUGGCGGGGCUGGCCCUGAUAGUGUUGGCAAUCGCAUUCCGAUUAGUGAUUAUCUUCAUCUAUACAACCCGACUGCCAACACGUUUCAACCCAUAAGCAUCUCAUCUGGCGCAGCAACUGGAGCAGGCCCGCGAUUUGGACAUUCAGCUGUUUUACGCAAUGCAUCAUUGUUCAUCUUGUUUGGCAUUGAUAGCACACUCUUGGCGACAGCUGACUUUCAUGUAUUGAAUACAGAUACUUACUCCUGGGAUGCAACCUACUAUGCCAAUGGUGCGGUGUCUUCCAUUGAUGGUGUCAAUGGCAAUGGUACCUCUACUGGUGGCAAUAGCACUACUACUGGGGGAUCCUCUUCAAGUGACAAAAUGCAGGAUACGGUUUCUAAUGGGCUUUCAGGAGGUGCAAUUGCAGGCAUCGUUGUUGGCAUCAUUGCUGUGAUUGCGCUUAUUGCAGGAUUCCUCUUCUUUAGACGCCAAAAACAAAAGAAGGCAGAGAAAGACACCUAUCCGACUUACUGGGACGUUACUUCCAUCAAUGAAAUUACAGCUGCUUCUGGUAUCUCUAAACACGAUAUGGAUGUUCAGAGCAUACCAGUAACUUCAACGGGUCCUGUGGACAUCACUCAAUUACCAGGAUACACAACAUGUCGAACUGGAGAUCCGGCCAACCUGUCAAAUGAUCAUGAUAUUAACCCACCUGCAUCUCCUCCCAAGGUGUUAUUAACUGGCGUCAAUCAUGCCUCUGGAAAUGCCGGUUCCUCUAGAGCUGAUUCCAGCAGCACUUAUGUUACCACUGAUCACAGCAAAGUAUGGCCACCAGAUGUGCAUGUUCCUUCUAUUGUAACACCAUCUACACCUAUUGAUAGCGAGAAGCCGGAUAUUGGUCAUUCUAAAUAG